AUGAAGGUUGCGAAUGGAGAGUUCGAGCUUCUCUAUGUGAAGACCCUCAAACUUUUGAAAUUAGGAAUUUAUGGUAUUCACACGUAUCCUGGGAUCAAUCGUGCUGGUAAUAAAUUAGCCACAACUGCAUGGGUUGCCAACGAAAUUGAAGAAAUAGUAAAGAGAAAUUCUGACAUUCCUCCAAAAGACAUCAACAACAAUUUAGAGAAAGAUUACGGUCUUUCAUUACCUUACAUGAAGUUGUGGAGGUCUAGGGAGCAUGCUCGUGACAAUAUAUUUGGCUCUAUAUAUGAAAAUUACAAAUGGGUUUGUGAAGAUGGAUUCUUAUAUGGUUGUAAACCGCUAAUUAGUUUGGAUGCAUGUCACUUGAAAUCAAAGCACUUGGGUAUGCUUUUAUCAGCUACCUCACUUGAUGGUAAUAACGGUUUAUUCUCAUUAGCAUUUACCGUCGUUGAGACUGAAUCUAAACAGACAUGGUUAUGGUUCCUUCAUAACUUAGCAGAGAGUGUUGGCCCACACAUAGAGCCUCUUUCGUUUAUCUCAUAUAUGGAGAAGGGUUUGGGUGAUGUUAUUAGAGAAUUUUACCCUAUUGCUGAGCAUAGAAUAUGUACUCGUCAUUUGUGGAAGAAUUUGAAAAAAAAAAAAAUUCAUUGCAAAUACGGUCAUAAACUUCAAGGUUUGGUUUGGGCAGCUGCAGGAGCAUAUACUAGCACUGAGUACAAUGACAAGCUUGUAGAGCUUAGUAUUUUGAGCCCAACUAUCUAUGUAUAUCUUACAAACUUUCCUUAUAAGUGGUCACGAAGCCAGUUCAUUUUAGGGAUAUACCAUGCUACUAAUAUAAGUAACUUUGCCGAAUCAUUCAACGCAUGGAUUAUAGAUGCUCAAAAUAAACCAGUUGUUGACUUAAUUGACAUAAUUCAUGGUGAACUUAUGGAGCAUAGGUCGGCGCGUAAGAUGAUGAGCAUAACAUGGCAACGUGAAUUAGUUCCUCCAGCGGAAGAUUACAUAAGAGAAAUAACUACAAGAGAAGAACAUGUGUUAAUUUGCCAAUCAACUAUUUCGAAGGCUAAGUUAACAGGACUUCCAUGCAUUCACGCUAUAGCCUUCAUUGGGAUGAAGGAGCAUCCACUAUGGCAUACAUAUGUUCAUGAUUGGUAUUUCGUUUAUAGGUACAGGAUGGCAUACGAGGGAGCUAUAGGUACAUUACCUGAUAAAGAUCAGUGGCAAGUAGUUGAAGAUGUGGUGGAUAUUGGAGUGCCUAACACUUCAAGACCUAGAGGAAGACCCAAAAAAAGAAGAUUACCAAAUUUCCUAGAAAAAGAUAAGAAAGUGCAUAAAUGUAGCAGGUGUUCACUUUGGGGACAUCAUCGGAGCACAUGCAACCCAUUACACAAAAUCAACGAUGACACAAUGACACAACGCAAAAACCCAUUAACGAUGGAGACGACUGCUGAGGAUUUCAACGAUGGAGUGGAGUAUGAGUAUCUACAUGUUGAUGGGUUUUGA